GAUAUUCCUCUUUAAUUAUCAACUGUACAAAUAAAUUGAUACUAGUAGCUAGCAAAAUGUUUGGUGGGUGUUUCAAGCUGAAUGCUCCUCUAUCAAAUGCUAUGUCCGUCGUGGAGCUUCGGGUUCACAUGGACUGCGAAGGUUGUGAGAAAAGGAUAAGAAAAGCAAUCUCGAAGCUGCAUGGUGUGGAUAGCUUGGAUAUAGACAUGGAGAAGCAGAAAGUGACAGUAAGUGGAUAUGUGGAUAAGAGAAAGGUUUUGAAAGUGGUGAGGAGAAUUGGGAGAAAAGCUGAGUUUUGGGCAUUUCCUUAUGACUCAGAAUAUCAGCCCUAUGCUGCUACCUAUUUGGAUGAAUCCACCUUCACCUCUUCAUACAACUACUUGAUGCAUGGCUACAAUGAAGCCAGCCAUGGCUACUUCCCCCAACUUCCCUACUCCACUAUCGAUCAUCACAUUACCUAUCGUUUUAGCGAUGACAACGUGCAUGCCUGCUCCAUUAUGUGACCGUGACACCUUAUACUUCAAUUCCCUAUCAUAAAUAAAUAUACAUGUCUUCACUAUUUCGCUAAUGUAUAGGUGUGAGCUACACGAUAGCUACCUAUGGUUCAUUCACAAUAAUGACUACGUUUUUGUACAAUUUUAUGCAUAAUGAUUUUCGAAACUACCCCAAGUAACGACGGAAGAAAAUCUUUAUUUUAGAGAAUAUGUUAAUUUAGUGUGUAUUCUAUUAUAUUAAUUGUUGAUAUUAGAAAAGUGGUAACUGGUGUUUU